ACGUUUGAGGCUGUCAUUCUUAUUGGUAGGUCCACGGUGUUUAGUUCCGCCUUCUGGCGCCGUUACCCGCGGAGAUCGAACAGGUGGUUCGGUUUCUGCCCUCGCUGUCAGGUGGCGCCCCGAUCCGGUUUCAGUCCAGGCCGCCUUUUUGCCACCCGCUCCGCUGGGGGCUGUGCGUGGGCAUUCCUGUCGGUGUCCAUGGCGACAAGCGGCGCCCGGACGGAGACGGAGCGGGGCUCCGCUCCUGCCCGGCCCGGGAGCCCGGAGCUGUCCAGCGGUCGCCGGACGGCACUCCAGGCUCGGCGGCCCAAGUGCUCCAGUUUUGGACAAAAAUGGGCCCCGAGUCUGCCUUCAAGGUCCUUCCGUGGAACAGAAAGUGUUAAACUGAGAUCUGCAAGUCUGACCACCAUUGAGAGCUUACCAUGGGAAGUUCUACUGCACAUCUUUACGUACCUGGAUGUUUCUUCCUUGUUCUGUGCAGGCUGUGUCAACAGGACUUUUUACAAUGUGUCAAACGACAAUUUAAUGUGGCACAGAAUCUACAACAGUUAUUUUGCUUACAAAAGCAAGGUUUGGAAACCCAAGGCUGUAGAUGCAACCAUGGAGAAGCUCAGUAGGACUUCUAUACAGGACAGUCCACCAAGAUUCUGGAAGAAAGAAUUUAUACGUAAAUGUUCAGGUUCUGGCACAAGAGGAGUGGGGCUGUUGUUGAAACCCAUUAACCGUUACACAGGAUUGCCAUCGAAGAUCAGAGAAGCAGUAACAGCUCUUGGACUGACUUGGAUGAUUGUUCUUCAUGAAAGAAUGGGGAAGGAACAUGUCCAGGAGCAAAGUAAGGCCUUCUUCAGUGACACAUCUGCUACCGUAUAUUGGAACAGUGCAGUGUGGCCUCCUCUGUCUAGCCUCAAGACACUCUGUGUGUAUGGAGUCACGCCAUUAUUCCCACCGAACAAAACCCCUGCAGAACAUGGACCUCGUCGGAGAUCCCUACUUGUGGAAUAUGAUUUAACAACUCUGGAGGAGUCCAGUACAUCUGUUGGCGGUGACAAACUUAUUAAGUUGAGAUGCUUACACCCCGGCAUGUUGUUGGGAUGCUGGCAAGAAGAUGGGGAAUUGGCUCUUAUUGUUACAAAUCUUCAUUACCAUCAACUCAUUGAGAAGAGCACAUUGGGGUCAGUUACAAGCCCUUAUAGGCAGUCACCUCAUGAGCCAGUGCUGGAUGAUGUUGUCUCAGAAUAUGGGCUUCUUGGCUAUCAUUGCCAUAUUACGUUGCACAAUGGGAAAAGCUCCUACAUGUCUGGUAGCUUUCAUAACCUGUUCUGUAGAAAAGAAUAUAUCCAGAAUGGCUUCUUGCAAAUAGUAGUCAUAAGUUUAGAGAAGGAGUCCCAGCAUGGCACUAUCAGUGGAAGUAUUCACAUCCCUUGGAAUACAGGGUUUCUAAGAGGAAAAAUACAGCAUUGUUGCUUGAUGGAUGUGACUGUUUUGGAUGAAGCAGAAAAGCCAUUCUGGUGUGUUAGCUCAGCUGUGGCUUUGCAGACAGUUCCUGCAUCUGACAUAAGAUACAGAUAUCUGGGCAAGAGGCAGACAAUUGACUACAAGGAUCACGAAGGAAAAGUUCACAUGGAACUAAUGUGGUUGGAAGAAGAACAACAAUAUUAUGUGGUCAAUCUUGUUCUUUACCUUACUGUUGAAAAAGUCAAUGCCUGGUUUGCAACAAGUUAUUAAUUCAAUGCAUUAAUAUCUAAAUGAUAGCCUUAAGAAAAUGAUUGCUCCAUGCAUGUGGCAACAUGUGUGAAUCAUAAUGCUGUAUUGAGGCUUCCAGCGUUAAAAGUUAUUUUGGAAAAUCUUAUUUGAUUUGAUUAUGACCCUAGUAAUUGGAUUUUUGCCUUAUACCCUCCUUCCUAAAGGGUUACUUUCCUUUAAAGACAUUUACUGAGAUUGAUUGCUUGCUUACACUUGGCAAUACUUUUUCACCACUCAAAUUGCAGGGUAUGGUUGUCUGCUGAAACUUUGUUCCAUUAACAAAAUUAUGACUCCAUUUGGAAGGGUCACAGUUCUCUUUCAAGGUUGAUCUGCUGCAUUUCCUUGCAUCUGUGGCAGUGUCAGGAAAGAGGGAUGGCUUACGUUGCUUUUGCUGGUAAUCUUGCUUCAAUUCAUUAUUUGCACAGAAUUCAUCUAGUUAGGGUAAUGUAGCCUCUUGUUGCUGUGCACAGUACCACGUUAGAAAUGUUCUCUCACAAUGACACUUUUGUUAAAUACAGAAGAUUUAAGCAUGAUUAAUAAUUAAAAUGGGCUAAUUUCCAAA